AUGCUAGCAGCAUUUUUACAAAUUGUCGGUCAAAAUUCUAGAUAUUGUGUCAUUCGUAAAACAUUUGGGCGAUCACAAUUCGCCACAAGUGAAAAUUUUCACAAAGUUUUGAGGGCUUUGAAUACAAUAGCAUCUGAGUUGAUGGCUAAACCAGGAUCGGGAGUGCCAUCUAAAAUAAGAGAAAGUACAAGGUUUUAUCCUUAUUUCAAGGAUUGCAUUGGAGCUAUUGAUGGGACACAUAUUCCAGCAAUAGUGAGGGGACGCGAUGUCAGCAACUAUCGUAAUCGACAUGGAAAUAUAUCCCAAAAUGUAUUAGCGGCUUGCAAUUUUGAUUUGGAAUUCAUGUAUGUCCUUAGCGGAUGGGAGGGUUCGGCUCAUGAUUCAAAAGUGUUAAGUAUGCUUUAUCAAGGAGGAAUGGUCUUAAAGGUCCUUAAGGUAAACAUUUCUUAGUGGAUUGUGGAUUUGCCAACCGACGCCAAUUUUUAGCUCCAUUUCGAGGUGUGCGAUAUCAUCUCUAAGAUUUUGCAGGUCAUGGUCGUGA